AUAUUCCCAUUCGUUCCUGCUUAUCACAUAGGAUCAGUGGCUUCCGUCCCCGCUUCUUCACACCGACCUCCUCAGUCAUUCUUUUGUCUAUAAGUACCACCUUCCCCUGCCAAAAGAAUUCCAAAUGCUACGACUCCAAAGACCUUGGCCAACACCUAUGUCUUGCAAAGGUCACUCAUCCUCUCUCUACCUCAUCAAUCAUCGCUUCUCACAAUGAUUUUCAAACCUUUUCUCUCCCUCAUCAUCCUCUUUGGUCUUCUGGCAUGCCUUGCCACAGCCGCCCCGCAACAUGAUUGCCAAUGUUCUCGGCACAAAGGCUCCAAUGGCAGCAGGGGCCUGAAUGCCCGCUCACAAAUGUUGCCUUCUCCAUGGCCUCCAAUUAAACCAAAGGCCCAGAAAUAUCGCCAAGACGACACCCUACUAUUCUGGGACGGAAAGUCGCGGAAAUUCAAAUGCCUAGUCACGAGCUACUUCGUGAACCGCUCAAAAUCGCCUCUGCGGCCUUUCAUGAAAACCAAGAUAGUGGACGCAGUCAAUGACACAAAGUUAAAGGCGUGGAAAUGCCCAAAAGGAGGACCAGUCAUGAAAUUUCCAAAGGGAAAGCAGGUCGAGAAGAUCAUCAAGUUGGACGAAAGAGAUCACGAGAAGCCAAAAGAGCCGGAAAAUCCGGAAAAUGAAAUCAGUUAAAUAAAAUGAGGCACGAAAUCCGCACCUCGCUGGGUAGCAUAGAGCUCAAGAUCAAACAAGUCAGCAAAAGCCCGCCAACCAUCAACGUCAAACUCAUCAACGUGGCCUCUACAGGACCCGCCUCGGCAAAGAUGGAAGCCCAAUGGAUAAGCAUGCGUUCGAAUGCGGGUUAUUCGUCAUUUCAGCGAACCGCCAGGACCUCAGAGACCGUAACGAAUGGGGCAUGGGGAUGUUAGUCGGUGAAUGAUGCGGCCGAUGGUAUAGAAUAUGAGGAUUGUAAAGCCGACAUGGAUUUCGAGUCGAACACUGUUGAGUUAGAUUAAUAGAAGGCCGUAACUACAAAAGGGUGCACCAGGGGCUAAGAGACGGCAAUUGCUUGAUACACAUUCCCCUCCAAUUAUCUUAGCUCGAAAAUAAUUGCUUACCCUAAACCAUCUUUUAUAUCCUGCGUGCCAACAUCCGACGAGGGAAAC